UUUCUGAUGAACAUUAUGUAUUUAACUUUUUUCAAUAUACAGUCAAAAUACAUUAAUAUAUAUUAUCCGAUGUUUGUUUUCUUGUGUAUUUCUGUGCUGUUAACAUUAUGUAUGUAUUAUGUAGACUUUCUUCUAAUAUUCAAGGUAGGCCUAAAAGUAACCUAACACCAAAAUCAACACGUUAUAUGGUAUAUUCAUGAUAUAAAUAAAAGGGAAAUUUGAAAUAAUUUGUAGUAGUCAUUAUAUAGCCUUUAUUAGACAGAAGAGCUGAAUGCAGACGAACAGUUAAUUUCCUCAGAAAACAUGGAAAAUCAAGAUAAUUUAGACCAACACAGAUGUGAGGAGUGUUAAGCUACUGUAUUUGAAGUAGGGCGUCCUCUGGUGUUUGAAAAAGUAUAGACAUGAAGGCGCUGCUCUAAAAACAAAACAAACUAACAAUAAAAAAAAAGGUUAUUGGUAUAAGCCUACAUUAUAAUUAGGCGUGUUAGUAAUUAAGAAGCCAUCACGAUGACAAUAUGCAGAUAGACCUACUUUUGAGAGCGGUAAAUCCCGAGUCUGCAGAAGAACAGCUAAAGCUUUUGGAGUUUAUUGAUUGACAUCAGUUUUGUCCAAUGAAAAGAGCGCAUUGGCCUGAGAGGGCGGGUCUUGGCUCCACAGCGGAGGCUCCCUGUCGCCUGACCGGAUGAUGACAGGACACUAGUUUUCAGUCCAGAGCGACAUGAAAUCUUGGCGUUACUGACUGAUACUGAUACUUUAAAAUUUUUUAAGACUUUUUCUCUUAUUUAUAAAGACUUUGCUUAUAGUUCCUUCAACUGCCAUCUGGAAAAGUUUGGAAAGCGACUCUACUCGCUGUGUUUGAGUGGAGGGGCACGGGGGAAAAUCCCAGUGUGCUGAGAAAAGUCUGCAGCCAUGGGAAACCGGGGGAUGGAGGACCUGAUUCCCCUGAUCAACAAGCUCCAGGACGCCUUCAGCUCCAUCGGGCAGAGCUGCAACCUGGACCUGCCUCAGAUAGCGGUGGUGGGCGGCCAGAGUGCGGGGAAGAGCUCCGUGUUGGAAAACUUCGUUGGAAGAGACUUUUUGCCCCGGGGAUCUGGUAUUGUCACCCGUCGCCCUCUCAUUCUCCAGCUGGUCAACAGUAAAGCAGAGUAUGCAGAGUUUUUGCACUGUAAGGGCCGAAAGUUUGUGGAUUUCGAUGAGGUCCGUCUUGAGAUCGAGGCCGAGACUGAUCGUAUCACAGGAUCAAACAAAGGCAUCUCUCCCAUCCCCAUAAACCUCAGAGUGUACUCCCCACACGUCUUGAACCUGACCCUCAUCGACCUCCCGGGGAUGACUAAGGUGGCUGUGGGGGACCAGCCUGCGGACAUAGAGCACCAGAUCCGGGACAUGCUAAUACAGUUUAUCACCAAGGAGAGCUGCCUCAUCCUGGCUGUGACACCUGCCAACACUGAUCUGGCAAACUCAGAUGCCCUCAAAAUCUCCAAAGAGGUUGACCCUCAAGGGCUGCGGACCAUAGGGGUGAUUACUAAACUGGACUUGAUGGAUGAAGGGACAGAUGCGAGGGACAUCCUGGAAAACAAACUGCUGCCCCUACGUAGAGGCUACAUUGGAGUUGUGAACCGCAGUCAGAAGGACAUUGAUGGAAAGAAAGACAUCCGCGCUGCUUUGGCUGCUGAGAGGAAGUUCUUCCUGUCUCAUCCAGCCUACAGACACAUGGCCGAGCGCAUGGGCACCCCUCAUCUCCAGAAGUCACUCAACCAGCAACUCACCAACCACAUUCGAGACACUUUGCCUGGACUGCGAAGUAAGCUCCAAAGCCAGCUCCUGUCUUUGGAGAAAGAGGUGGAAGAAUACAAGAACUUUAGACCAGAUGAUCCAACGCGCAAAACCAAGGCUUUACUCCAAAUGGUGCAGCAGUUUGGGGUGGACUUUGAGAAGUGCAUUGAAGGAUCCGGUGAUCAGGUGGAUACCUCAAACCUGUCCGGUGGAGCAAAGAUUAACCGCAUUUUCCAUGAACGCUUUCCUUUUGAACUUGUGAAGAUGGAGUUUGAUGAGAAAGAGUUAAGGAAAGAGAUCAGUUACGCCAUCAAAAACAUCCACGGAGUGAGGACAGGCCUGUUCACCCCAGACCUGGCAUUUGAGGCCAUAGUGAAAAAGCAGAUCAUAAAGCUGAAAGACCCCUGUCUGAAAUGUGUUGACCUCGUCGUCACCGAGGUUGUGGCCCUGAUCAGGAAAUGCACAGAGAAGCUCGGCUCAUACCCUCGACUGCGAGAGGAGACAGAGCGUAUCGUCACCACCUACAUCCGCGAGAGGGACAGCAAGACCAAAGACCAGGUGCUGCUGCUGAUCGACAUUGAACUCUCCUACAUCAAUACAAAUCAUGAGGACUUCAUUGGAUUUGCCAAUGCUCAGCAAAGAACAGCAGCCAAUGCCACAAAGAAGAGAGUGAUGCCAAACCAGGUGAUCCGUCGAGGCUGGCUCACCAUCAACAUCAGUAUUAUGAAGGGAGGCUCUAAGGAUUACUGGUUUGUUCUGACCGCAGAGUCUCUUUCCUGGUACAAAGAUGAAGAGGAGAAAGAAAAGAAGUACAUGCUGCCCUUGGACAAUUUAAAGCUGAGAGAUGUGGAAAAAGGGUUUAUGUCCAGCAAACAUGUCUUUGCUAUUUUUAACACUGAACAAAGAAAUGUGUACAAGGACCUGCGGCAGAUCGAGUUGGCCUGUGAUACUCAAGAUGACGUGGACAGCUGGAAGGCCUCAUUUCUCAGGGCUGGAGUCUACCCAGAGAAAGACCAGACUGAAAAUGAGGAGACCAUGACGCCCGGGGACACUGUAUCCAUGGACCCUCAGCUCGAGCGACAGGUGGAGACUAUCAGAAACCUGGUGGACUCCUACAUCGGCAUCGUUAACAAGUCAAUAAGAGACCUGAUGCCCAAGACUAUAAUGCAUCUUAUGAUCAACAGUGCAAAGGACUUCAUCCACUCUGAGCUGUUGGCCUACCUGUACUCGGCCGGGGACCAGGGCAGUCUGAUGGAGGAGUCAGCAGAGCAGGCCCAGAGGAGGGAUGAGAUGUUGCGGAUGUACCACGCCCUAAAGGAGGCACUGGUCAUUAUUGGGGACAUCAGUGCCACCACCAUCUCCACACCUGUGCCUCCACCCGUCGAUGACACCUGGCUCGUCAAGGAACCAAGUCCACCUCCAGCAGCUAGACCCACUGCUGCAGCAACAGGACCCCCUCCAAGCCGACCGAGGGGCCCUGCUCCUGGGACUCAGCCUCCUCUGAACCCCUCUCCGGCAUUUGGAGGUCCACCAGUGCCCUCCCGCCCCGGACCACCACCCGCCCAGCCCACCUACACCGACCCCAGCGCUGGACAGGUCCCACUGAUCCCAUCUAGACCGGCCCGUGUACCACCUGCUCUGCCCCCCGGAAUCCCCAGCAGACGACCUCCAGCUGCUCCCAACCGGCCCACUGUCAUUCGCCCCUCAGAGCCCUCCCUGCUCGACUAGAGACACAGAUCCUAUAACACACCUGGUUUACAUUUUGUAUGUACUAGGAUGUAGGUGAACCCAGUAUAAAAGUGUACUUAAGUGACCUUUUGCAGUUGGUGAUGUGCUGUCUGUGCAUUUCAGAAACUUUAUGUAUGUAAUUUUGUCUGUAUGUGUAGAUAGCUUUUUUAACAAAAAGGAAACUUUAUUUGGUAAAAAAAAAAAAGUUUACUGGCCUUGAUUUUUUUUUAGAAACAAGAUUUUAAUGCACAUAUGUCUUAAAGUAAUAUUAUGUUACAGUUUAUAUGAUGUAAUCAGUUGACAUUUUUAACUAACAAUUUCAAUUAUGAACUAAAUUUUCAAAGCACCUCAAAGAUGUUUGUAUUUUGACUAUUUCAGUGAAAUAAGUUAGCCCUAGAUGUUUUUUUAAACAAUUCAUUUAUUUAGAAAGUUUCGGCAAUCUACUUCCAUAAAGGUUUGAUACUUUUUUCUUGUAUAAUUGUCACAAAAAUAAACAAAAUACAUGGGAGCAGCUACCUUUCAAAUGUGGUUGUAAAGUGACUAUUUCAUUCAACUUUUAGCCUUAAUAUGGAAAUCCAUUAAAAAAAAAAAAAAGUCAUCAUUAUUUUAAAGCCAUAGUGUUUUAAGACCUGUGUCAUUGGAGGAUGUUUGAAGGGACGGACAAAAUAAAGGGAUAAAAAGUGACUUUUUGCUUCAUUUUUAACAUGAAAGUAUCUUUAGUCAUGGCUGUGAUUAACACUCAUAAUUUUCCACAUUAUCCAUUGCACAACAUUGUAUCCAGACACAAGAGGGCACAGGCUGGUGUGCUGAGGUCACAUCUAGCAUAAUAACUAUACUAAGCAAUAUGCAAAUCUAGGAAUAUGUGACAAAUACUUUGUUGGUCAAAGCAAAAAUAAGAACCAUGAGUAAGUCCCAGUUUCAUUUGGAACUUGAGUUUUUCACAAUUGCAGCAGUCUUUACAUCAUCCUCUAGUGGAAAAAUUCUGAGGCUGGAACGUUAAUACAUGAAGUUUAGAGUAACACUCCAAAUAGUAUAAUAAAUGUAUGUAGUAAAAUGGUAAAUGGAGUUAACUAGAAGAUACACAGAGAUGUUAAAUGAGAAGCAAAGAUAAAUUUUUGGGAACAUUUUGAGCAUUGCAGCAGAGCAUUUUCCUGGUGCCUUUUUUAUUUCUUCAAAAGGCUCCGAGUUUCCAUAGUAACUAAAGUGUGGGACAUCAUCACAGCUGGUUUGUGUCCUAUUGUUGAGAGUUCCAUAGACACAAAUAAGGACUUGUUCUGAAUGAAGAAUUAAAGACAUCUGGGGACAUAAACUUGAACCUUUGUUUUGUGCUUAUGGUCUCCUCAGGCCUGCUCCACAGAUCCCGCCUCGUCCAAACCCCUGGUGAAGGAGGCUCACCAUGGACCACACAGCACCCAUACCAAUGUCUCAGUCAAGAAUGUAUUAUAAACUUUGACAUUUAAGUUCAGGAAAUAAACAUUUGAGAAAAUCCAA